UUUAUACACCUUGAUUACUUCCCAUCAAAUAUUGUGCGAGCAGGCAAGGUUUUUGCUCCAAGCCAGGUGAAAAGCAAAUCGUGCAUAUUUCGUGACGAAUCCUGCAGACUGUGCAGCCGCAAGUGUUUCCGUGCGCUGACGAGCACGCUCAGCAUCGAAAGCCGUUUAACGCGAACCGCGUUCAGCACGGCACACGCGUUCGUACCUAGCCAUCUGCCAUUCGGAUUUCGCAGUUUCCCAUUGCUGCCCGUCGGUGCCGAGAGCGCGAGCGAGAGCGAGAGAGUGAGCGAAGGGAGCGCGAAAAUUGUGACAGUGUGAAAGAGUGCGCGCUAGGCAGUGCAAGCGAGAGUGUGAGUCAGGGCCGCACACACAGCACACAGCACGUUUUGUUCAACUCCCAGAAGUUUUGCCUCACCGUACGAAAAUGGCGUCGAUAGAUUCCCAGUCGAAAAACCGUAUGCAGGGUUUUAAAAACAAAGGAAAGGACCAGGAUGAAAUGCGUCGGCGACGAACGGAGGUUACGGUGGAGCUGCGCAAAAACAAACGCGAAGAGACGAUCCUCAAGCGACGCAACGUUCCUCAGACCACAGAAUCGACCGACGAGGAGGACUACACACUACAGUCGAACCUGAAGAAGCUGGUCGAGAAGGCCGGCAACAGCAGUGACAAAGAGGGCCAGCUGGCGGCGGUGCAGGCCGCCCGUCGCCUGUUGUCGUCGGACCGCAAUCCUCCGAUUAACAAUCUCAUCGACAGCGGCAUUCUCCCGAUCUUAGUCAAUUGUCUCGAGCAGGACGACAACCAGGUGCUGCAGUUCGAGGCGGCCUGGGCGCUCACCAACAUCGCAUCCGGCACGGCCGCACAGACGAACCAGGUGGUGCGGGCCGGGGCCGUCCCGCUGUUCCUGCGCCUGCUCAACUCGCCGGCCCCGAACGUGUGCGAGCAGGCGGUGUGGGCCCUGGGCAACAUCAUCGGCGACGGGCCGAGCCUGCGCGACUACGUGAUUAAGCUGGGCGUGGUGCAGCCGCUGCUGUCCUUCAUUCAGCCGGAAAUUCCGAUCCCCUUCCUGCGCAACGUCACCUGGGUGAUCGUGAACCUGUGCCGCAACAAGGAUCCGCCGCCACCGGCCGCCACGAUUCUCGAGAUUCUGCCGGCACUGAACAUGCUGAUCCAUCACACGGACAUCAACAUCCUGGUCGACACGGUGUGGGCGCUGAGCUAUCUGACCGACGGGGGCAACGAGCAGAUACAGCUCGUGAUCGACAGCGGCGUGGUGCCGAAGCUGAUCCCGCUGCUGUCGCACGUCGAGGUUAAGGUACAGACGGCCGCGCUUCGUGCCGUCGGUAACAUCGUCACCGGCUCGGACGAUCAGACACAGGUCGUGCUGAACUGUGACGCACUGUCGCACUUCCCCAAACUGCUGACGCACAGUAAGGACAAGAUCCGCAAGGAGGCAGUAUGGUUCCUGUCGAACAUAACGGCCGGAAAUCAAUCGCAGGUGCAGGCCGUCAUCGAUGCCGGUCUGCUGCCGAAGGUGAUCGAAAAUCUGAAGCACGGCGACUUCCAUACGCAGAAGGAGGCAGCCUGGGCGAUCAGCAACCUGACGAUCAGCGGCAACCGUGAACAGGUGGCGCAGCUGAUCAACGACGGUGCCGUGCCGCCGUUCUGCGAUCUGCUAAUGUGCCAGGACUGUCAAGUGAUCAAUGUUGUAUUGGAUGGUAUUAACAACAUGCUGAAACUGGCCGGCCCACAUGCAGAGCACGUUGCGAAUCUGAUCGAGGAAUGCGACGGUGUGUCCAAGAUUGAAGUUUUGCAGAAUCACGAAAAUGUCGAAAUUUAUAAGCUCGCGUAUGACAUCAUUGAGCAGUUCUUUUCGGACGAUGUUGACGAAGCAGUCCUGGAAGACCUUAGACCGGCAGCUGACGAGAACGCGUUCCAGUUCAACCAGAAUCCGAACAUUCCCCGCGACGGGUUCAACUUCUAAGCUACGGAACAGAAUCACGAACGAAUGGGAAUGGGAUUCUGCAAUCGCACAUCAGAUUCACGAAUACUACAAGACACGGAUACUUUAGCGAACGUCAGCAACCAAUUAUGGUGGUGUUUGUUUCGCUCGCCGCGGGCAAGAGACACACCACCAGUACGUCACAGCAGACUCCGAAUACGAACACACAACUUUUAGGACUUGCUUUUGCACGACUGCAGCAUCGCUGAGAAGAAAGAGAGGAGCAUUUAUAUGGUAAAUUUUAAUCUGCUCGGCUAUCUCCCAACAACAGCAGAAAUAGCAAAACAGCAGCAGCAUCAAAGAAAUUCUUUGUUAGGGACAAAUGAGCGAGGAUCGUCCUGUUCUUGUAAUCACUUUUUUUGACAAUAUCAUCUCCGCCAGCAAAUGAUUUUGGUGGAAACAUCGUAGGGAUUGUACAAUGCUCUGCAUAAACAAGCCUGUGUUCUAGUGCGGUCGGAACGGCAGCCCGAUAUUGGGCUGAUCAUCAUCAACGAUGUUAACUUCCAUUUGUGUUUUCUACGAAAAGGUAACUCCACUCGUAACAAAGAGCGUGUUUUAGGGUAAUGUAGCUCGAGAUAAUAAUGAUGAUGAUGAUGGGUCACCGCAAAAGAGGAUGAUUUAUGAUUUAGGACCAAAACCCGUAGUUUUGUUGACGUAUUUAGUUAAUUUCCUACCGCGAAGUAUAUUGAACAUCCCAUCAUCAAAAUGUCCGGUUAGCAGGAUAUGCCUAACCUUCAGCUUGUGCGUUACUGGUUACAAGCCAACCAGAAGAUAGAUAGUGUACUUGUAUAGAGAACUUUUGUUUUGGACUAAUUUCACGUUAAAAUUCAUUGUUAACUCCCAGAGAGAACUAUCUGCUGCAUAAGCAAUGAAUGUGAACUUCAUUGUAAACAAACAAACACACACACAUACACUUUUGGUGGUGUGGUUCGGCUAACAGAAAACCCUGGAACUCUGCAACCGACAUAAAUAUCGAUAUUUAUUGGAAUUCAAGGACUGAUGACUUAUUCGUACGUAUCCUCUAACCCGACGACCACUGACCGAUCCACAUUGUGUGACAGCAUUAGAGUCGCAGCGGCCGGGCAUUAUUCACCGAUGCCGCUAGCGCUAAAGCAUGGUAGCAGGACGAAUGCGAAGAGAUAGAAUGUAUCACAAAACCAGAAGCAAUGUCAAUGUAUCUUUCUAAUAUAUUUACUAAGAAUCCGGAAGUUAGCACAGAAAGAGAGAGAGAGCUAGGGAGUGGUGAGGUUGGAAGGGAGUCAGAUCAUUAAACAAUUUUCCAGCACGAGAUCAUACGACGCUGUGUCAUAGGAGGCAACCGUAUAUGGGUAUCGGGCAAAGGCAUCUAGAGACAGGAACCGUCGUCUAUCUGUCGGUUUGGUUAGUUGAGGUCUAUGUGUGACACCUGAUCGUCAUGAUGCGAAAAAUGGCCUCUCUUAGCGGGAACGUAUAUUCGAUUCUAUUUAAAAAAAGGGGGACACACUCCGUGCACAACCACCUGUUCAGUUUUACCCGCAAAAAAUGAGGACAUUAUAGAGGAAUGAAGCUAUAGGAGCAAAUCCUGGGGAUAAAAAGGUACAACAACACUAAACAAAAAAGGCAGGACAACAUCAACACAACAACACCACGCAAACACGCAAACCAAAACUAAACGCUACAUGAACACCCAAUGCUACAAGAUGUGCGCAUUGGGAUGCAUCUAUGUGCAAGAUACCUAAAAUGGCCCACGAUAGCAAUCGUUGUGAUUCUUUGUGGAAGGCGCGGCCACUUAUCAGAGGCUUUCCAGACCGCUGUAAAUAGAUCCCUUGACGCAAGAACAAUACAAAACAAAACAAAACAAAGCAAAGCAAACGAGAACUAUCUCCUCCUUCCUAUCUGUUUUUGGAGUCGAAAGCAAUGUUCGGCCGGAAGUGUGGUGUAGUAGCUGUUGAAUUUUAAUAUGAACUACUUUUUCGUUUUCACCUCUUUUAUGUGUGUUAUUAAUUGCCGGGAGAGGGGAAAUGUGAACCGAACUCUCUGUCCUAGGACACUGUGUGCGGUACAACAACCCUCCCCGUCCGUUUGCGUAUGUAUAUGUACAUUGCCACACAGACUGCUCGCAGCCGGCGGACAGUUUGUGCGUCAGUUAUAGGUGUAAAAACAGGGCACAGUGGGGCGCAAAUGUAAUGAAUGCUGGCAUUUUUUUAAAUAUAAAAUAAUCGCGGCGUGUACGUACACCCGUGCGUGUUGUCACCCGCUGAAAGGCCGUUGGUCGAACAGGAGAAGGAUCACCAUCAUUAUCAUGAUCGUGUGGUGUGCGAUCGGGAUCGGGCUGUGUGAGGGAAACCAUGUGAAUUAAUUAAGCGCAUUGUGUGUAAAGGAGAGUGAGAGAAAUAGGAAACUUUUAGAAAAUCACUUCACCAACCACCCGCAAAGGGCAAAAGGGCAACGCGAAAGCGAAAGUAGAGCUAUUAGAGACAUGAUAUGGAGCACUAUCAAAGUGAGGCUUCCGUUGUUUUGUGAUCACGAGAACACUUUCUGCUACUAGAAGUGUCGUUGUUGUGAGGAGAAGUAGGAGGAGGAGGAGUAGGGUGUGAGAGAAUGAGGAACUUGCUGCUACUCAUCGAAAACCUUUUAAGCAACUUUUGUGCCCGAUGAGUAGAAGCGACAAAACGCAAGGGGCAUCGAUGGGGGAAAAAUGCGGUGCGUAUUGUUGCCUUUGCGCUCGCAUUAGUAGACAUAUUGAUAUUUUUGUAACAUAGUAUCUUUUUCUUUUUAAUUGACGUCGUUUCUGCGGCGCUGCCACAUGCCACACGCUCGCAGGCCACCACCACACCACCCCUCCCUGAUAGGAGCGGCGGUUUUGGGUGCGGCAGCAGAUAUAGUAGAGCGCAAUGCGCUGGGGGUCCGCGCGAUUGCAACACGUGUAAAAGUAAUUUAUUUUCUACGACUUACUAGAAAAAACUAAACGGAACGAUAUAUAGAGCUUUUUGGGGGACGCGUGGAAGAGCGGGCGAGAGUUUUGCAUGCACACUUAAAGGGUACUGUGCACCUCCGCCCUCUUCCCCUUCCCAAACGUAGGACAGAAGGAGCAAGAGAGAGAGAGAAAAAGAGAGGCAAAGAGAAUACCAUUUAACACAACGCGCGCUGUAAAAUACGUUGCCGAAACGAAGCAGCGGUUCAGAAAGUCUGAUUUGAGGUAAAUCCUACCUACUACCUACUACGCGGAUACGGGAGCCAUAUAGGAAAGCGGUUCCCUUUGCGCGGGAGCAUGAUGUGCCCGCGUUUCCUCACUCUCUGUCAAUCCUCUUUGCAUUGAGAGGAGAUGACGAUGACGAUGAUGAUGAUGCACUUUCGGGAUCGCGUCGAAAGUGCAUUGUUGGCGAUCGGUGUUGCACCGUGUGCAGAGCGCGCCGCAUUCAGUUUAAGCUUUAACAAAAGAAGAAGAGGAGGAAGAAAUAAGGGUGAAGAUGCAGUGGAGAUCAGCCUACGGCCAAGGCAUAAAAAAAUACGCCAGUGAUGAAUUCGGGGACAGGGCUCGUCGGAAGCGUGCACUCUCGGCACCCCGCGUAGGACACUGGAUCUGGCAUUUGUGGUCUUGUUUUUUUUUGUAUUGCCAGUCCACCGAGGAAGCACACCGAGAGACGUUGUUGCCGUGUCCGGGGAGCCAGCCGCCCUAUGUACAUGAUGAUGAUGUUUUACAACAAAUAUUUGCCUCUUGCCAAACCGCGUGUUUAGAUGGAGGAGGAAGGGCUCUCUAGACGAGAAAAGAGGGCUUACUAUAUGGAGGCGCGCACAUUACGUUGUUUUUUUGUUUCUCUCCUCCUUCCUUUAAGCAAACUGUGCGCAACCUCCCCUGUACCUGCCAAAUUUGGAAGUUGGUAAUGAGAGGGGGGAGGGGAGGAGUUGCGGGUUGCUGUCUCUACUACAACAAAGAUGAUGGUGCACCGGGGAACCGGAAUUAGGGAUUACGGAACGUACGAACUCCUUCCCUUUUAUUGUCCAGCGCGCAGGGAUUCAAAUCUGUAAAAAUUCUUUAUAUAUACACACAUAAGAGCCACACAAAAAAACUACACAAAAAGAGAGGUAGAGAGAGAGAGGGGGGGAGAAGGACAAACAUGUACCAUUUAUUCCAGGAGGAAGAAAUUGUGGGGGGGCUGAGAAUUGGGAUGUAAAGAGAUGUCGGAUAUCGAAAAACAAAAAUUGUGUAAAUCCAAUACGGUAAAAAAAAAGCAAAAGCAGGAAACACUCGCACUCGAGACAAACGGACAUUACAGCUGAAAGCAACAGAUUAUUUUUUAUCUCUAUCAACGAACCAGAAAAGGGACUCGAAAUAAUAGUAUUUCACAGGACGUUAACAUCAUCUGCAACCACACACACAGAGCGAGAGAGACACGGAGGGAAAAGCAGGAAAACUCCAUAGCGAAAAGUGUAAGCUUAAACAUUUGUUUCAUUUCUGUGUCCUUGGUGAGGUAUGAAAAGAAUAACAGAAUUGACUUGAUACAAAUCAUUAA